UGUACCCAUUUGAAGGAAGCUUCUAUGCAAAAGGAAAAAAACUUCACUCAUGGAGGUGAUAGCAAUACGGAUAAGAUAUGUAUUUACAACUGUUUCGCCAAAUGCAGUAACGGUUAUUGCUAGGCAAGUCUUGAGAAAGCGCGGACAAUUCAUGUUCGGCCUGACGUAAAUGUUUAACAAGCACGGAUUUUUUAAAGACUAUCAGCUUCGUAUGGCUAUGGGGCAUUGACGCGCGUAGAUCUCAGCGCAUAGUCGCCUGCUCUUCUUAUUGAGACCUCACGUGUCUCACUGAUGUUCAUCGACACCCCAGGGCUCACGUGGUACCGCCCUCAUCAACGAUGGCCAUCGACAACGAAAAAAGCCAACAGCAGUAGCAGCAAUAACAACAGCAACAACAACAAAACUAACAGCAAACGACGACCACAGCCAGGACCAUGAAAACAAUGCGACCUAUGCGUACGAAUGGUGAAGUGCGAUAGGCUAUCCUGCGAUUUUCUGCUGCCUCGAUGGCUACUACGUGCGUCUUAAUCAUGGGGUCCGUAUCAGCGCAGGAAAAUAAUGUCGAAGAUGUGUUUCCACUCGGAGUUAAGGCGGAAAGACAGGACGAGAACCGUCUGUCCAGGCAAUUUUAUAAUCCUUCCAGCACCCGAGCAAACCCGUCUAACGAACGACCCCAGCCUUAUGAUUUCGGCUACAAUAUCCAAGACGAAUAUGGCAACAAUCAAUUUAGGCAGGAGAGCGGAGAUGCGAAUGGGGCAGUCCAAGGAACCUACGGCUACACAGAUGCCUUCGGCAUCUUUCGCAGGGUGAAGUACGUUGCAGACCACGACGGCUAUCGCUUGGAAAUGAAAUCAAACGAACCUGGUACCAAACAGGAAAGCCCAGCUUCUGCAGUCUUUCAAAUCGAAGAUCCCCCACAGGGAGCCUACCGCCAGGUAUCAACUGGUGGUCUAUCAACUAGUGUAUUACAGAGUGGUCGACGGCCCUCAGUUGGAUCCUCACGAAGGUUUCCCGCAGGAAGCGCAGCGGCUUCCAGCUCCUAAGCACCAUAUUUACUUAGUAUCAACCCUUGUUGUACUGAGCUAUUAUCCAUAAUGGACAUAACCUGGGCACCUUUACCACACAAACGCUGCCUCAACGCUAAAAAUUAUUGUGAAGCACCGAAGGCGAUCCAAAGCGAACAGCUAAAACAUACCUGAAAACUAUAGAAAGUAAUCGAGGUGAAUAAUAAUACUGUAGACAUCAUUUUGUUUUUAAGCAAAUAUUCGCCCACUAGCGCACAGUAAAAGCGUUUUCGAUUGUCUUCGUGUCCUCCUCAAAGAGUACAGAGCAAAUAUUGAUAGUAAACACUGCCAGAGCACAAGAAUAUGAAUUGCUACUGAUCUAAUUACCGGUCUAAGCCAAUUAUGCACUUAGGGUACUCAAAUAUCCGUGCGUUACAACAAGAAGAAAAGUGAACUCGCUCGUACAAAAUAUAAAGAAGAUCUGCCACAUGAACUGCUUCGACUUAAAUACACAUUAAAUUCGACUUCCUACAUUGAGUAGGAGGUUGUCACCUUUUCCUUUGUUUCAUCGCUGUAUCUAUUACAUUUUUCAAGUACCCCAAGUAAACGCAAUCCAGUGAAUCAAAAAUGACUGCAAGAUUCCAUGCCAUACCUAUUCUGGUUUUUUGGGUUGGCAUCAAAAAUGCACAUCUGUGCUCAUCAGUUGAUGGAGCAAACGGGCAGCCCAGAGCCUGUAACGUUUUAAUGAGUUGGAGAAGGACGUUCGAUUCAUGCUGGUGCAAUGCUAAUCGCAACAAACAAAUUAGCCAAGUUAAUUCUGAUUUGGAACAACUAACACUACUUGCGUGUAUACCGUAUGUAAAUGUUUUCGAUAAGCACGUGCGCUGAGCAGCCUUCUUUCUGAAUAAUGUCCGUUACUUUUCAUAAUAUGGAUAAUAAAUUUUGAGGUAAAACAAAUUAUUCGUUUGAGUUGGAUUUGUUUGCAAUAUUGAUCCUGAAAAAUUAAUUAGUGAUUUCAUACAAAAAGCAAAAAUAGUGCUUCUGAAAACGGUUCUG